UACCUCAUAUGUUGGCACAGUGAGAGAGAGAGAGAGAGAGAGAGAGAGAGAGAGAGAGAGAGAGAGAGAGAGAGAGAGAGAGUUCCUAAGAAGAAGACAGGUCUUCACGGAUAAGGGCAAAUUUUUCAUUUUUUAUUUUUGUUUUUAAUUAAUUAAAAAGAAAAAAAAAUAUGGAGAGAAUUUAGCUUUGGGAGUUUUCUAUAUAAACCCCUUGAGUUUACAAGUUUUGAACAUCUUUUCUCUCCUCCUUCAAAACUCAUUACCCAUCUUUCUUUUUGAUAUAUGUUCUUUCUCUAGAAUAUUUUUCAUUUCUUCUAACAACUUUUUACUCUCUCUGCCAUGGAUGUUCUGCAUUUCAUUUUUGGUGUCUUUGGAAAUGCCUUUGCUCUGUUCCUCUUCUUGGCACCAACGAUAACAUUUAAGAGAAUCAUACAGAACAAAUCCACAGAGCAAUUCUCAGGCAUUCCUUAUGUUAUGACUUUGCUCAACUGCCUCCUCUCAGCUUGGUAUGGUCUUCCAUUUGUGUCCCCAAACAACAUAUUGGUAUCAACGAUCAACGGCACAGGAGCAGUGAUUGAAUCAAUAUACGUUGUGUUGUUCAUCAUAUUUGCACCAAAGAAAGAAAAGAUCAAAAUUCUUGGACUCUUUAUUUUUGUUCUCACAGCCUUUGCAACUGUGGCUUUGGUAUCUCUUUUGGCUUUGAAUCACAAUCCUAGAAAGCUCUUCUGUGGUCUUGCUGCUACCAUCUUUUCCAUCAUCAUGUAUGCUUCUCCUCUUUCAAUCAUGAGAACUGUGGUAAAAACCAAAAGUGUGGAAUUCAUGCCCUUUUUCUUAUCUCUCUUUGUCUUCUUAUGUGGUACUUCAUGGUUCAUUUUUGGCUUAUUGGGCCAUGACCCUUUUGUCGCAGUGCCAAAUGGUUUUGGGUGUGGUCUUGGAACAGCACAGCUGAUAUUAUACUUCAUUUACCGAGACAAGGGAGCCAAGAACAAGCCCAACACUAAGCCGACCCCAGAAGAAUCUGUAGAAAUGGGCCUAUCAAAGCCCAACUAUAACAAUUUCCCCAAUAAGCAGUCAAAUCCUAAUGGGGCCUAAACUGGGCUACCCAUUAGGACAGGUGUUAGACCGUGAUUGGAUCGGCCCAGCCCGGCCCAUGCUAUGUUUUUACCUUCCCAUACCAUAAUUAACAACAAAGUGUUUUUGUUCACUUCUUCAUUUUGAAAUUGUCUUAUGAAGAACCGAAUGCAAAACAAUGCAAAGCAUAUGUUUGUGUUUUUGUUUUUGAGUGUGCUUUUUAUUUUAGGUAUUACAAUUUAAAGUGUUUUUAAUUAGAGCAUUUUAAAUUAAUAAGAAUAUAUAUAAAUUUAUAUUUCAUUUUCAA